ACACGCUGCAGACUGUGUGACUGGACAGAGUAUUUUUGUGAGGAGCUUAAAUCAACAACAGCUUCAGUGAUGAAGACUCGAUCAGCGCUGAUCUCUGCAGCGGUGUUGCUGCUUCUGCUCGUCCCGCUGAGGAGCGCAGACGCGGCCACCUUUCAGGGCGCGUUCCCACACCCGAACAAAUACAACCCAAACGAAUCGGACAGGUGCCAGCUACCCGCCAUCAGUGGACUUAUUCCCCGCGGGACGGGACCUGUAACCUCCACCGACGAAGUGCUUGAGUCCAGCCAGGAGGCGCUGCACGUCACGGAGCGUCGGUACCUGCGGUUGGACUGGUGCAAAACCCAGCCCCUCAAGCAGACCAUCCGGGAGGAGGGCUGCCUGAGCCGCACCAUCAUCAACCGGUUUUGCUACGGACAGUGCAACUCCUUCUACAUCCCGAGGCACGAUUAUCAAGAUGGAGACGCCUUUCAGUCCUGCUCAGCCUGCAAACCCAAAACCUUCAGCACCGUCACGUACACCCUCUUCUGCCCCGGUCAGACACCCAGCACGAGGAAGAAACGGAUCCAGCGCGUCAAGCAGUGUCGCUGCACAACAAUAGAUACGGAUUAGACUCAAACUGACAAGGUUGAUCAUAUCCGCUUCCAAUAGGAGGAACAAUAAAAUAAGAAAUGGAAAGUGUAUUUUUUCUUAAAAGGACACGUGAGAAGUAAGUGCGAAUAGGAAGGCGAGGAACUUACCUGAGUCUUUUUUUUAAAUCAUUAUAAUGACAAGAGGAUGCUAAUAGACAAUAUGCAUGAGUGGUUGGUUCAUGUGCUCUUUUCCUUCUAAAAUGAUAGUAUGAGCAGCAAUUAAUAAUUAUUCACACUGUCCAAUUAUCUUGCAUGUUAUCAGUCAUCAUUGCUUCCACGAAGUUCGUUUUUAGUGUGAACCGAUUAAGUGGAUUUGUCAACUAGUUUUAGA